CCCAUGAUCCUUUGCGGUCCGGUCUGUGUUGAAGGAAGAUGGCUGCCAUUGAUGGAAUGGGUCUGCCGCUGCGGUUCUGAGCGGUAAAAGGGACUUUAUCCCGGGAUUUAACGGCUAUUCUGAAGCUCUACAGGGAGAAUCAGACCACGGUGGACGGAUGGUUUGGUCCUGGACUUAGAUUUGAUCAUCUGAAGAUUCGUUUCUCCAUCGUGGAUCUCCAUCCUUCUCCGUCUGACUCCUGCAGCAGCAGAUUUCCCGUCUCAUGGACUUGACUCAAUCUUCAGGCUUCAAGAGGAGGCCGGCUGCCCCGUCGUCCCCCCCGGGUGGAGUCAGAGAGGUGCCCAGGAGUCCUCCUCCCUGCUCUCCAUCCUUAUCAGUGUCUUCUCCUUCGUCUCCUUCGUCCUCACCCAUGUCUACCUCCUCCUCUCUCUGCGUCAACACAUCUGUCUAUCAGAACCAUGUGAAGGGUCCGUCUCAGGGUCUGGAGGUGCCCCGGGUCUCCUCCACCUCUGCUCCUAUAGCAGUGCAGCCCGAGUCCCCCCCUCCACCCAGCACCUCCUGCUCUGACGCUCUCCUCCAGACGCUGGCUCAGCCCGCCAACGGCGAGAUGGAGGAGAGAAAGACGGAGAUGUACGAUCCUUUCAGUCCCACGGAGGGGGCCAAGGAGGAAGAGGAGGGCGAGAAAUACGACCCCUUUGAGCCCACUGGCUCACCGGCGUCAGACACCGAUGAUGGCAACGGCGGCGGCGGUGAAGAAGAGGAAGUGAAAGUGGAGCAGAUAGACGCAGAGAGAGAGGAAGAAGAGGAGGAGGAAAAAGACAAAGAACCUCCAGACUCCACAGACACUUUGACCAGCCCCCGUCCAACCUCACCGCUCCACCUGAGGAGGCGGGUCGACUGCAGCACCUCUAAAUCAGGGGAGCAGAGGGAGGGGGCGGAGUCUGAGCACUCUGAGAUAGAGGAGGGGGAGAUCGUUGGGGUCGCCGACAGAGACGGAGGCACCAAGAGAGCAGCAGGAGACGUCCUCCCCCUCAACUCUCCUGCCGUCUCCUUCUUUGGCUCCAAACCGGAGCGGAUCUUACGUGUCCUCGACGGCGACGGCUUUGUGUCCGUGAGGACGGAAGGAACCUGGGAGGCGGAGCCAGAGGAAGAGCCUGUCGUAGGAGUGGAGGAUCUGAGGAGGAAGCUGGUCAGCAGACGGAAGGAAAGAUAUCUCUCCUUUCCUCCUACCUCACCCCUCUCUCCUCACACGCCACCUCCUCCUGCCUCUGCUCCCUCCUCACCCAUCACUCCUCCCACCGAGCAAAACGCCAAGACCAGCAAGUCGUCUAAGAGCUCCAAGGAGCGCGACGCGCAGAAGAGUAAGGACAGGAAGGCAGGAGAGAAGGAGGAGAGGAGGAAAAAGAGACGGAAGGACAAAGACGGAGGAAGAGACAGGAGCAAAGAGAAGGAUGAAAGACACAAGAAGGACGCCAAAGGGAGGCGGAGCAGCAGGAGCAGCAGCAGGAAGAGGAAGAAGAGACGCCACGGCAGCCGGGAUGCCUCGUCAGGGAGGGUGGGACACGGCAGACGCUCAGAAGACAGACACAGGGACCGGGACAGAGACAGGGACAGGGACAGGGACAGGGACAGGACGAGAGAUCGAGACAAAGAGAGAGAGCGGGAGAGAGACAGAGGGCGAGAUAGAGACCGGGAGAGAGAGAGAGAGCACAGCCGAACACACAGUCGACGACGAGAUGACCGAGACCGGGACGACAGAGACAGAGACGACCGGGACAGAGACUCGAGCUCCAGGAAGAAGGACAGAGAUCAGCGGAGGAGGCGGUCCAGCAGCAGAGACCGAGGCCGGUCUAAGAGGUCCAAGAGGCGGAGCAGAGACAGAGACAGGGAGAGGGACCGGCAGAGGGACAGGGAACGGCGACGGGAUGGUCGACCUGUCGUCCCCCCGUCCAUCCAGGACCUGAACGGCUCGGAUCUGUUUGCCAUCAAACGCACCAUCACCGUCACCACCACCACCACCACUACCACCGUGCCCGGCUCCCCCAGACUCACCCCGUCAUCCCCCUGCCACCCGCCGCAGGACUCGGACAAACCGCACAAGAGGAAGAAGAAGAGGAAGUGGCACUCAGCCGGCGAGGUGGACGAUCGUGGGAGCGGCCACAGCCGCUCGCCGUCUUUGUCUCCGCCGCGGUACCAUAGCUACGAGUCGGAUCAUUACUCAGACAAACUGGAGAUUGACGUCCUGUCUUUGGAUGGCGAGGCCUUAGACUCUGACUACCCGUCUUUAGAGGACACGCCCCCUGCUGUCCUCCCUCCAGAGCCCCCUGUCCCCUCCCCAAAAACUAAACAGACCCCCAAAAGCGGACGCCAUCAGAAGAAGAAGUCUUUUAAGAAAACGGGCCUGAAUGACUCUGUCUCCACAAGAACCAAAAACAAAUGCCUCUCCUCCAUGAUGGUGACCUCAGGCUCCGCCUCUUCAUCUGGUCCCACCGCCAAGAGAGCCCGGAAGGUGGGAAAAGACAAAGAGAGGGAGAAAGGAGGCCGGAAGGAGCUGGGCCGUUCUGGGAAAUCUAAAAAAGAGGGCGGGGCCAGUCGUAAAGGGAAGCUUCAGUCCAAAGUGUCUGUGUUGGUGCGUGACGGCGUAAGCAGCACCACUGGGGGCGCUGUCGGCUCGGGGAAGCUCCCCAUGGACCUGCUGGGACCUGGAGGAGGGGGGUCGGGCUCAGGGAGCUCCGUGGUGGGCGGCUCCAUCGCCGUGGUGUUCUGCAGGGACAACGAGAGCCGCUCGCCGUUCCUCAAACCGUGCUCUGAGCCGCUGUCGCUGAGCGGCCGGGGGAAGGAGCUGGCGUUGGGGAAGAGGGGCGCUCUGGCUCCUCCGCCUCCGUCCUCUCUGACCUCUCCAGCUGGACUCAAAAACAAGAAGACCAAACCCAGCUCCAUCACCUCCACGUCUUCCUCCGCCUCCUCGCCAUCAUCCUCCCUGGCCACCAAACGGCGCCGUCGCCUGGGCAAGAAGACCAGAGACAAAAGCGGUGCUGCAGGACUGACAGCUGGAGACAGCAGCCAAUCAAAAGCCUCCUCUGAAGGAUGGGGCGGGGCUUCCCUGGAUGGUCAGUCAGCUGUUGGAGAUGUAAACAAGUCAGUGAGCCCACAUCCUGGUCCAGCAGGUCCUGCAGCCUGCUCCUCCUCAUCCUCCUCCUCCUCCUCCUCCACCAGCGUGCUCCCCCCGUCCUCCUCCCCCCCUCACACGCCUCCCCCCGUCAUGGCGGCUCUGAGGGACACCAGAGACUCCUCCCCUGACUCUCAGACGGUGGACAGCAGCUGUAAGACUCCGGAUCCUUCCUUCCUAGCAGAGGAUUGUCCCACCCAGACCAGCCCCGCCCUCCCGGCGUCCAGCCCCUCCAGCCUAUCAGCUCCUCAGGGAGGCGGUCUCGGCAUUGGCGUGUCGACGCCCACUAAGCCCCCGCCUCCAGACGAUACGCCCAAAUCUGUGUCGUCUCCUCCGUGCUCGUCCUCUCUGUCCCUGCCUCUGUCCUCCUCUGACCCCUCCUCCUCCGUCUCCUCCUCCUCUGCCACCAAACCUCCCCCUCCUCCUCCCCCUCCUGCAGCCCCUGCCCUGCCCUGGAGCCUGCAGACCGGUGUGGACUGUACCACCGGAGGAGUCCUGGCAUUGACCGCUCUGCUCUUCAAGAUGGAGGAGGCAAACAUGGCCAGCAGAGCCAAAGCACAGGAGUUCAUUCAGGCCACCAGCCAGAUCCUCUCACAGGCCAAUCAGAACCAAUCCCAGCAGCAUGCCCCGCCCUCCUCAGCAUCCUCUGCCUCCUCGCAGAUCCCGCCCCCUCCCUCUCUGCCUCCGCCUCCUGGCCUGAGCCCAGCCCAGUUCAUCCUGCACAGCUCCCUCCCAUUGGUCGGCUGCACCAAGACUCCACCCUCUCUCCUGCACACGUCCAUGGGCGGAGGGUGUGCACAGACUCCGCCUCCAAUGUUACCUGUGGGAAGUUCUGGAGACUCAGGGUGGGACAACGAGAGCAAAGACCCCGAUAAGUAUCUGAAGAAGCUGCACACUCAGGAGCGAGCGGUGGAGGAGGUGAAGCUGGCCAUCAAACCAUACUAUCAACGCAAAGACAUCAACAAGGACGAAUACAAAGACAUCCUGAGGAAAGCUGUGCACAAGAUCUGCCACAGUCGCACCGGAGAGAUCAACCCGGUCAAAGUGAGCAACCUGGUGAAGCUGUACGUCCAGCGCUACAAAUACUUCCGGAAACAUGGCCGUAAAAUGGACGAGGAAGACCGUGAGGACAGAGAGACGGGAGCGCUGCACUCCUCCGCCUGAGGGCAGACUUUUACCCCCCCCCACCCCCCCCCCC